GCAGCAGAAAGAGGAGAGCGGAGAGGAGAGGGUGAUCAGAACGCCAGCAGACCAGGAGGAGGACGAGGGAAGGGACGCUUGCGCUUGCAGCUCCCGCUCUGCUCCUAGGAGACUGAACCCCACUUUUCUGACUGCUGGGAGGGAGACUGAUCAACAGGCAGGAUGGCUCGGGAUAUGUCCGAGAAGGACAUCCUGAAAAUGGAAAUUGAACAAUUGAAGAAGGAAGUCAGCACACCCAGAUCAGCGAUCUCUGCUUCUGCCAAAGAAACGAUCGAUUGGGUGGAGACCCAGUCUGCUGAAGACCCCCUCAUGAAGGGCGUCCCUGAGGACAAGAACCCGUUCAAGGAGAAGGGUGGCUGCACUAUUACAUAACACAGGCCCUGUCUAGAACAGGGCGAAGUCGGUCGGUUAAUAUUUCUUUUUUUUAUUAUUUAUUUUUGUUUCCUUGGGAAUAGUCAGUUCCGUCGUGGAUCGUAGGGUGAUUUUGGAUGUCCGCUGUUCAGAACAUGUAUAUGUGUGUGGUGGAGAGGCUCUGUUAGAGUUCAGUCUGAUUUCUAUCACUAUGUCCCACGAUGUGAUUGGUGUUUGUCUUUGUAAAAUAAAAGCCACUUAGCUAUG